AUGGCCAUUCAAGUUUCAUCCCAUAGCUUCACCGGCAAACGCAAAUACAGAUUUGAUGUUUUUUUGAGUUUCAGAGGCGAAGAUACUCGCCACACCUUCACUGUGCCUCUCUACAAUGCUUUGCGGCGUAAGGGAAUCAAUGCCUUCAUUGACGACAAGAGGCUUGGAAAAGGGGAAGAGAUCUCACCCACGCUACUUAAAGCAAUUGAGAGAUCAAGAAUUUCCAUUAUUGUGUUCUCUAAGAACUAUGCUACUUCAACAUGGUGCCUAGAGGAACUCGCUCAUAUCAUUUGGUGUCAGAAGCAGAACAAACAGCUGGUUAUGCCAGUCUUUUACAAGGUGGAUCCCAUAGAUGUUCAAUAUCAGAGAAAUAGCUUUGAAACAGCCAUGGCUGCUUAUGAAGAUAGGUUCGGAGAUGACCCAGAGAAAGUGCAGAAAUGGAGGUUUGCUUUGUCUGAAGCAGCUUCUCUGUCAAAAGCCUGGCUUUUUGAAGAUGGCUAUGAAUUUGGGUUUAUUGAAAGGAUUGUUAAAGAUGCAUAUGCUAUGUUGCCUCCUAAACGCUUACAUAGUCCUGGGUACAUGGUUGGACUUGAGCCUCGCGUGGAAGAAGUGAUUUCACUUUUAAAUCAAUCCAAUGACAGAGUUUGCAUGUUGGGCAUUCAUGGAACUGGUGGAAUUGGCAAAACAACACUUGCAAAAGCUGUCUAUAAUUCAAUGUUUUACCAAUUUGAAGGUGCAUGUUUUUUGUUUGAUGUCAAAGAAGCAACAAAGAAAUACCAGGGCAUCGUUCGCCUCCAACAGAAACUUCUAUCAGAGAUUCUUGGGGAGAAGAUUAUGAUGAUUGGGAGUGUUGAUAAAGGAAUGUCAAGAAUAAAACAUAGACUUUCUCACAAAAGGGUUCUUUUGGUUCUUGAUGAUGUUGAUGAGGUUGAACAGUUAGAACAACUUGCGGGAGGAUGCGAUUGGUUUGGUUUUGGAAGCAAAGUUAUUGUAACAACAAGAAAUAAGCAAAUGCUAGUUAUACACAAUAUUGGAAAAAUAUAUGAAAUGAUGAAGCUGAAUGAGUAUGACUCUUGUGAGCUCUUUUGUUGGCAUGCCUUCCAAAUGAACCAACCUCCAAUAACCUAUCAAGAUAUGUCUAGUCGUGCAAUGAGUUAUGCACAAGGCCUUCCUCUUGCAUUAAAAGUAAUAGGCUCCAAUUUGGCAGAUAAAAAUUUAGAGGAAUGGAAGUUUAUGAUGGAACAAUAUGAAAGGAUCCCAGAAAGAACAAUUCAUGAGCUUCCAAAGAUAAGCUAUAAUUUCUUACAAGCUGGUGCUAAGCAUAUUUUCCUAGAUAUUGCUUGUUUUAUUAACAACGAGAUGAUGAGAUCUAUUAAAGAAAUUGUAGAAGCUUGUGAUUUUGGUGCUAGGUUUUAUCUUGAAGUUCUUGUCGACAAAUCACUGAUAACUUUAGUUGAUGGUGGUAAUUUUUUUUUCAUGCAUGAUCUAAUACGAUAG